AUGAAUGCGGACUUCCAGGCGGACUUCCAAAGAACCGUUUAUGCCUCGAUAUGUGACAAAAAUCGGCUUGGUGCGGGCGGAAACGGCACCGUUUAUCGUUUGAGAAACGCUUUGCCCUCGAGUGUGAUCAAGUUGUACCAUUCAAAAAAUAUAUUUCGUGCCAUGGAGAAAGAAGCCCAAGCUUUGGCGGCCCUUCGUCAUGGAAAUAUCGUUCAAUUCUAUGGGUUGAUCAAGGAGCAAAUGAAUGGACGAGAGCCGAUUUUUGGGAUCAGAAUGGAGCUUUGUGAGAGGGGAUCUUUGGAUAAAUGGGUCCUUGAUGGAACGACAACUUAUUCGAUUCGCACAGUAAUCCAUUGGGCUGUGCAUCUCUUUAAGGCUCUCGACUACCUCCAUGAACAGAAAAUGAUUCAUCUCGACAUCAAGACCGAGAACGUGUUGGUGGACACCCAUUUCACCUUGAAACUCGGCGAUCUUGGAAUGGUACAGUCGGAGAGUGAGGCGGCUUACGGUGGCGGGACCCCUCGUUUCAUGAGUCCCGAAGUGCGAUUCGAAUUCGAAAAUCAUAAACCUACAUCGAAGUCGGAUAUUUGGGGAGUUGGACUCAUUUUAUGGGAAAUCAUCGAAAGGAGAGAAGUUCCCCUCAAAUGCGCUCCUGAGGAUUUUGAGAAGUUGCUUGCUCGGACCUUGGAAGAACUCAAGUGUCCAGAAGAUUUGCACGAUGUUAUUGCAAAAUGCCUGAAGUACAAUCCGAAUGAACGUACCAUCGAUGCUUCAACAGCUUUACAACGUUGUGAUUUGAUGGAUCAGAUCUUCGCGACCUACCCUUUAAUGCCAAAUCCCAAUGGACCGGAUAAACUGAUCAGACCAAUCGGAUUCAAUUUUCCCGAAACAGUGCCUGAAGAAGUUCUCGUUGGGACUUUAAUUGUGAAAGAAAACUCUUCAUGGAAUCUCUCAGCACCUGAUGCGCAUAUGAACAUCGAAUCGAUUCAGCCUAAUGUGAAAACUCAACAUGUAGAACCUCCAAGACUCAAGACACUUGACGAUUAUCCAAUAUUGAAGAAAAUUAUUGACGACGAGGUUUACGCAUCGCAGAUCGACAAACGAUUGAAGACGUUUUUCGAAAACCUGGGAGAGCAAGAAAUUGAGCACUUUGCCGAGAUUGCUCAAAAGACAAUAGUCCAAGAAAAUCAAGUCGGUGAACAGUUCUUUUUAAAUCACGAGAAAAUCACAUCGAUUAGAAAUUAUUUUGGUUCCAAAGCACCGGAAAUUCCAAAUAACAUUGGGAAUCGAGAAGUCUAUGUUGAGGCCAUAGCUAAAAAAAUGGUUGCCACAUACACCAUGGAACUUCAAUUGAUCUACUUUGACGUCAUCAAAUUGAUCAGUUAUUGCAAAAAACUCAACUUUGAUCUUUGGUCUCUUUCAUAUUACAUCCAUAAUACUAUUGCUAAACUACAGAAAUACAAAGAAGUAUUUUGUAAAAGAUUUUAUUGUAAGAGUCUCUUCUCAGUGAGUCUCAAGGAACAAUGGUUACUCAUUGGAGCCGUCGGCAAAAAGAAAUUUCUUUUCUUAAAAGCUGAGCUUGAUGAUGCAAAGACAAUGGAUGUUCAAGAAAGAGAUGGGAUAGUUGUCGUUACAAAAGAGAAGAAUAAUCAAGCAAGAGUUUUGGAUCAAAUGACCUGUGUUCGAAAUGCAGAACUGGAUAUUGAGAUGCUGAUAUCGGCGUUGAAUCGAAUGGAAGAUCGGAUUGGUAUGUACGCGAUUAUCAAGGUAAACAAACUCAACGAUGAGAAGAAAGCUUCCAAAAUCGAGUUUUAUUCGGAACAUCAUGGUGAAGAUCUACCGGUACCUGGGUAUAUCUUUCAGUUAAGUGUCCCACCGAGAGCCGUUUGUCGAUGUAAUCCGAAAUGUGCGUUAACGAAGAGAUGGCCAUCAGAUAAUCCAGAGACAUCUUAUGAAUCGAAUGUAUCGGAGACUUCCCUGGAUCCACAACUCAAAUUGAGAACUUGUACGAGUAAGCAGCAAAUUCAAUAUCUGAGAUUGCACUCAAUGAUUUGUAUUUCCUUCUUGUCGAAUCAGAAAUCGUGCAAGUUGACGUUUCUGACAACCGAUCUUAUCUCAUCUGAGAUCUCAUCUGAUUUUCUGUUUUUCAAGUUGAAAGAUGAAAAAAGAAAGAAUUUGGUUUUGCUUGAUUACCCGGAAGAUCCAAUAAAUUCUGAAAAGAUCCACUGUAUGGAUGAGAAUUUCGAGAUUGUGCAGAUUUAUGUGUCGAGAAGAGAGAUAGCCAAUGAAGAAUAUCAUCGGUUUCAGCUCGACCAGCUCAGCCGAGAUUUGCAGGAAGCGCAAAUGUACGAAAAUUGGGCCAAGAGA